UCUGUUCCUUCCCCCUUCCUCUUAGGAUGAGGUGGGCGCCCCUGGCAUCGUGGUGGGAGUCUCUGUAGAUGGAAAAGAAAUCUGGUCAGAAGGCUUAGGCUAUGCCGAUGUUGAGAACCGUGUACCGUGCAAACCAGAGACAGUUAUGAGAAUUGCCAGUAUCAGCAAAAGCCUUACCAUGGUUGCUAUUGCCAAAUUGUGGGAAACAGGAAAACUUGAUCUUGAUAUUCCAGUACAACAUUAUGUUCCUGAAUUCCCAGAAAAAGAAUAUGAAGGUGAAAAGGUUUCUGUCACAACAAGAUUAUUGAUUUCCCAUUUAAGUGGAAUUCGUCAUUAUGAAAAGGACAUGAAAAAGGUGAAAGCUUAUAAAGCCUUGAAGAUGAUGAAAGAGAUGAUGGAAUCUGACCAAGAAAAAGAGUUAAAAGAUAAAGGAGACAAAAAUAAUGAAAAGAAUGACUUUGCUAAAGCUAAGAUAGAGCAGGAUAAUGAAGCCAAAGGCCAGAAUUCCAAACCUGUCAAGAAAAAAAAUGAUUUUGAACAAGAUGAAUUGUAUUUGAAAGAGAAGUUUGAAAAUUCAAUUGAAUCCCUAAAAUUAUUUAAAAAUGACCCUUUGUUCUUUAAACCUGGUAGUCAGUUUUUGUAUUCAACUUUUGGCUAUACCCUACUGGCAGCCAUAAUUGAAAGAGCUUCAGGACAUAAAUUUUUGGACUAUAUGCAGAAAAUAUUCCAUGAAUUGGAUAUGCUGGCAACUGUGCAGGACGAACAUGAACCAGUGAUUUACAACAGAGCAAGAUUUUAUAGUUACAAUAAAAAGGGACGUCUUGUCAACACACCUUACGUGGAUAACUCCUAUAAGUGGGCUGGUGGUGGAUUUCUGUCUACAGUGGGUGACCUUCUGAAAUUUGGGAAUGCAAUGCUGUAUGGUUACCAAGUCAGGCUGUUUAAGAACGCAAAUGAAAAUCUUUUGCCUGGAUAUCUCAAACCAGAAACCAUGGUUAUGAUUUGGACACCAGUCCCGAACACAGAGAUGUCUUGGGAUAAAGAGGGGAAAUAUGCAAUGGCAUGGGGUGUCGUGGAAAAGAAGCAAACAUACGGCUCUUGUAGGAAGCAACGGCAUUAUGCCUCACAUACUGGAGGUGCCGUGGGUGCCAGUAGUGUCCUGCUCAUCCUUCCUGAAGAACUGGAUGCAGAAUCUGUAUGUAACAAGGUUCCUCCAAGGGGAGUAGUUGUUUCCAUCAUAUGUAACAUGCAGUCUGUAGGACUCAAUGGCACUGCUUUAAAGAUUGCCCUGGAAUUUGAUAAAGACAGAUCAGACAUACCUUAACGUCACAGGUGCGAAAUGAACUGUUUUGCUUUUUUAAACAUUAACUAAAGUUCCAAAAAACAUGAGGUUUUUAAGAAUAAAUUUGUAAUAUAGUAUAAUUGAAUACAGAAAAUAUGUACCUCUAAUUGUUUUAAUUUUGUAAUUGUCUUUUAUUGUAGGGUUAGUUCUUUAUACUCAGGGAAGUAACAAUAUUGUAUUUACUUUUUGAAAAAAGUUAAUUCUUGAAAUAAAAUAUUCUGAUAAAAAUA